ACGUUUUCGUGGGAUUCGCCCUUUUGUAAUAACGUUGAUUGUUAAUUAUUUUUUGAGAUAACUGUUUCUCAGCGUUAAUUAAGCAAUAUUAAGUGUCAACUUGCUUGAUAAAGACAUUAAGAAAGUGAUUCAAUUGAAGGAUUGGACAAUUAUUAAGGAAUUAGUAGUUAAAGUGAUAAAAAAUACAGAAUUCAAAAAAAUUAUUGGAACUAGCCCUAAACAAUCCGUACUCAACCCUACAAAAAGUAGUAAGGCUUAAAACAACGAAGUUCACCCUAGAAAUAUUCUGCGAUUUAAAUUCAUUUUUUGGUAAAUUUCGUGGGAUUAAUUAUAUUAAAACAUCAGAAAAUAUAAAAAGUCUAUUCUAAGCUGAUUAUAAUAACAAGUUUUAGUAAUAUAAUUAAAUAUUAUUUGGAUUAUGGUGAAAAAUCUAGAAUUUUCGUAGAUUGCGUGAGUGUGUCUUUUAAAAAAAAGGAAGGAAAAUUUGCCAGAGACAUUUUCUUCGCGAAUAAAAUUGUGAAAUUAAACGCUUGUGACUUUAUAUAUCUCAUUCUUGGAACUUUAAGUUAAUUUACCAAUCAAUCAUUAAUUAUUUUGCGGAUAUACCAUAAAUAAAUAUUAAAAAGAGAGAAUUUUCUCAAUGUGAUAAUUAUAAUUAAUCUUUUAUAAGACAAGUCUGUGAAUAUAAGUGAAAAAAUCGAGUCAAAUAGGCAAUAAUCGUGAAAAUAAUAUAAUUAAAUUCCAUUGCUUUUGAAUAAUCGUAUUUUUUAUCGUGAAAAAGAAUAUAAUAGUACAUAAAGGAACCUUGAAUUGAGACUAAGUGAGAUAUAACUAAUCUUAUUGCAUUAAAAAAGAGAGUCUUGUGAUGGAUUUAUCUGUAUCUUGGUAUCAGGAAGAGCAAUUAGGAGAAUCAAAGCGAAUUUGGUCGAAUAUCUGGGAAACGGCUGAAAUGGAAUUUCAGCAACAAUUAUUGCAACAACAACAAUUGACGAAUAAUAAUGGCAACAAUUCGGAUACAAAGUCAAACGAUAGCAACACAUCAAACAAUAAUUUCCCAAUCGAGAAAACCUUUAAUCCAACGAGAAGGAAAGGAAGUACGAAUGAUAAUAAAGCAUCUACCUACAAUAUGAACAAAUAUCAGGCGAAAUUAGUCGGAAAGCACGGUGGAUAUCCAUGGAGACCACUUAACUUUCAAUAUGGACGUGGAAUUAUGGGACUGCACCAAGAGAUUGAGCAAUUUUAUGCACACAUGAUUCCAACACCGCUCGAACAUACGGCACGUUUGGAGGUUGUUUCGCGUAUUGAAUCAACUGUUUUAUCGCUCUGGCCGAACGCUCGUGUUGAAGUUUUCGGCUCAUUCCGGACAGGACUCUAUUUGCCAACUAGUGAUAUCGAUUUGGUUGUGAUUGGUCGAUGGGAAAAGUUACCGUUGAGGACAUUAGAAAAUGAGCUAUUACAAAGCCGUAUAGCUGAACCACAUUCAAUACGUGUUUUAGAUAAGGCAUCCGUUCCAAUAGUUAAAUUGACAGACCGUGAAACUCAAGUUAAAGUUGAUAUUUCGUUCAAUAUGCAAUCUGGUGUUCAAUCGGCUGAAUUGAUUCGCGACUAUAAGCGUCAAUAUCCAGUCCUUUCGAAAUUAGUAUUAGUUCUCAAGCAGUUCCUUCUUCAACGCGAUCUAAACGAAGUCUUUACCGGUGGCAUCUCAUCAUAUUCAUUAAUUCUAAUGUGUAUUAGUUUCCUACAACUUCAUCCGAGGCAAAAUUCAUAUAAUAACGCAAAUUUGGGUGUUUUAUUGCUGGAAUUCUUCGAGUUAUAUGGACGUAAAUUUAAUUAUAUGAAAACGGGAAUUAGUAUAAAGAAUGGUGGUCGUUAUAUUCCAAAGGAAGAGCUGCAACGUGAAAUGAUUGAUGGACACAGGCCGAGCUUAUUAUGUAUAGAAGAUCCUCUCACGCCAGGCAACGAUAUUGGAAGGUCUUCCUAUGGUGCACUCCAAGUAAAACAGGCUUUUGAAUACGCUUAUAUAGUACUGUGUCAAGCUGUCUCACCUCUCAACAAUUACCUUAAUGAUUGCAAUCGCCAGAGUAUAUUAGGUCGCAUAAUAAAGAUAACAGAUGAAGUCAUCGAUUACCGAGCAUGGAUUAAAACGGUAAUCGAACGACGAAUGACAAAUGAAGGAAUAAUAACACAGGAUCCAAACAUGGCAGCAGGUGUAUUUAAGUAUCAACAGAAUCAACAAAUAAUGCAAUCAAAUGUAAACGAUAGUCACACAAUUCGUCGAUCAAGUAUAAGUUCUGAUGAAAUUUCCGAAUCAGACGAAAGCGAUGAUCAAGAUAAUUUAUCAAAUAAGUCACGAGACGAAAUAUCACCAACAAAUCAUCACCAUCAAAUGGUCACAUCAAAUAUGAACCCGCAGCCUGUAAAGAAAUUCAUUCAACCAAUUAUACCCGCUAUACCGCAAUCAAAAGUCUUUUCGCCGCAUGCGAGAGCUCAACAAGCAAUGGUCAAACAACAAGCCAAACAGGAACGUGAGCAACGAGAGCGAGAACAACGUGCAAUGACAAAUAGUAACAGUUCAAAUGAGCUACUUCUUGAUAGCAAUACAUUUCCACCGUUGCCAUAAAUUUAAAUGAUGACUUUUAACACACACAUAGAAUGAAGAAUAAGAAAUGAAUGAUCAGAACAGACAUCACCAAAAAAGGAAAUUUGAAGUUACACAGAAUAAGAGGGUUUUUACUACUACUUCGAAUAUCUUUAGGGAACAAUAACAAUAAGCAACACACAAAAAAAUCUAUUCGGAAUCGAGAGAGAGAGAGCGAGCGAGCGAGCUAUUGAGCUGCUGAGUGAUUAUGUAUGAAUUUUUAAUUAAUUUUCAAUUCCUCUUUCUUUUACCACAACACUUAUACACUUUAAAACCAUAAUUGAUAAGAAGAAAACAAGCAGUUGCUGCUAACAUGGAAAUAAUUACCGAAGUAAAUCUGAAUGACCCAAAAUCACAAAAAAAAAAUGCAAAAAAAAAUUUAAAAUUCAAAAAAAUAUCAAAAAAAGUUAAAAUUUUAGAAAAAGAAAGAAAAAAAAGUGAAGGAUCAAGUUUGAGAAUUUUGCGAUAGCAACAAACAGAACAGAAGAGAUAGUUUGGAGUCACAUGGAUCAAGUUUCUUACAAAAAAAAAUUAUUUUAUAUGCAGAAUAUCCCAUACAUACACAAUGAAAGGAAAUGAGAAGCUAUAAUUCAUGGAAAUCUUAAUUUUUUUUAUCUGCUUAAGUAUUUACGUUUUUAUAUAAUCUUAUUCUUUGCAUUCAGCGACAUGGAAGUUUAGCAUAGUCGAUAAAGCAGAUUUUAUAUUGAAUAUCAAAUCUUUUCAUAGUUUUAAGAAUUUUAUGUCAAAGCAAAGAGGAGGUAAGGAAGGAAGUAAUCCCUACAACAAAAAUAUGUUCUAAAUGAUAAUGAUAUGAAAAGAUUGUGAUUGGAAGUAAUAAAAAACAAAAAAAAAUGUUUUAAAAUGUACAUUUUAAAGUGCAUAUCGCUCAAAAAUAGUUAGAAUAUGUAUGCUGUCUCAAAAACCAGAUAUCAUUAUCUAUAUGUCUGUAGAUGUUGAUGCAAUUUAUAUCUUUUUGGAGAUACCACGAAACGAAUUGAGAAUGUUUUUGAUUAUUUUUCGACACGUUUCGUUAUGAAUGGAAUCAAUUUUGUCGUCUUCUGAUCUUUGUAGACUCAUAAACGAGCACAAUUUGGCACAGAUCUGUUUAUUGUUCAAUAAUUUAUUAGCUCAUGAAUGAAUGAUAUCACAAUAUGCGUUUCAGUGGCGUUUGUGAGAAGUUAACAUUAAAAUUUUCUAAAUGUAAACUAAACCGUUGCUUAAAAGUUUCAAAAAGUCGUAAGAAUUCAAAUGUCAAAAAGUUGUGAAACUCAAAUUUCAAAAAGUCUUCAUUUCAAAUUUCAAAAAG